AUGGACGCGUCGGGCUUGCACGCCUUCCGGCCGCAGCGUGGGCCGCGUCCAGCAAUAGCGACCGCCCCGGCGUUCAAGCGGCCAAGCGUGCAACGGCCAAGCGUGCAGGGCCUCGUCGCCUCGCUUACGCACCCUGCAGCAACAGCGAACGGCAGCGGGCCAGCACACCAACCUCGUCCACCCGACGCACACCUGGCCUGCUACACCACCACCACCACCGCCGCCGCCGCCGCCGACCACGCGCCCACGCGCCCACGCGCCCACGCUCGCCCCCGUCGCGACCUGCCGACCCGCUCUGCCACUGCCAUGGCUGCUCCGAACCGCAGCUUUGCGGGGCGGAUAGCCUCGAUGAACAGCAUGGUCUCGGGCAUCGAGAACUGGGACGACGCCGAUUUCGAGGACAGCGACGGCCUGCUGUUCAAGAACUCGACCGUCCACUCGCUGUCGUCACGCCUCAGCGUGCGCUCCGACUCCAACACGGCCGACGACGACUGGCAGGUUCUGCUGACCCCCGACGACCACCUGUCCACCCACAACGCAAUCUUCUCCGCCAAGCAGGCCGGCAUCCCCAUCCCCACAAGCGUCCCCGCCUCGGCCCUGCUGGGCGGCAGCAUCAAGCGCCUCGGGAAGCCGCGCACGAGCAGGCAGAUGGACCUCGACGACGACUGGGGCAACGACCUCGAGCUGCCCGACACCACCGCCGGCGGCCAGCUGAAGCUCAAGGCCCCCGUGCCGCCCGCCCCCGCCGACGACCACGACGACUUGGACGACUGGGGCGAGGGCAGCCUGGGCAUCCGCUUCGCCGGCACCAAGAGAGACCCUCGCGGUGGCCGCAGCUCCUCGGCCUCGGCCACGGCCAUGAGCCCCAGCCUGGGCAGCUGCAUGACGCUCGAGAGCGAAGACGACGACCUGACCGGGCUCGUGCUGCCCACCGAGCCCCUGGACUUCAACGCCCGCCUCAUCAAGCUCAAGGCCGCCGACCAUCACCAGCACCAGCCACAACCACUGCACCAGCACCAGCCACAACCACUGCACCAGCACCAGCACCAGCACCAGCGCGACCUGCCCCCGACAUCCGUGCCCGCCGCAGUCCCUGCCGAGGACGUGCCCCCGGCCGACGCCGCCGAGCAGCCCGUCCACCAGGAACCCACCGACGAUGAUUUCGAAGCAGACUUCGACCUGCCCGCGACGUUCCCCUCGCUGGCCCUGCCCCACUCCCUCCCCCAGUCGCCUGCCGUCACCCCCGUCACCUCGCCGCCGCUCGAGAAUGAAACAACAUCCUCGCCCCAGCCCCCACCCAGGCCCGCAGACGAAGAGGAAGACUUCAUGGAUGGCCUUGAUUUGGGUGCAGGGGAGGUCCUUGACACGAGGAAGCUCACGCUAAACCGUAACAUCGUAGUGAAGAAAACUGCCUCCAAGACAGCCACACCUCCUGCCGCCCGGCCUACAGCCUCCAUCACCUUCACCGACAAGCCGUCGGGCUCCAAAAUCCCUCGACCACUACCCACGACCGCGACUACCGCUCGUACUAGGCUCACGCCCGUCUACGAGUCCGGCGCCUCCAUGCAUGGCAACACUCGACCCAUGCCCACUACCACCAGUGCCCAGUACCUAAAGGCAAAGCGCUCUGCGCCGCUGCUCCGCAACGCAAACUUUCAGUCAACCCCGCGCUCGAGUGUACCCUUCCUGCCCGCCGGCGGCUCCAACGCCCAAUCCCACCAUGUCACCACGCGGAGCUCCCAAGGCCACCUCCGACGCGACUCUGACCCUCGCCGGCCGCUGUCGCCCUCGAUGCGGUCUCAUUCUCGCAUGUCCAUCUCCGGCCAGUUGGAGACGCCUGCUCGAGCUGGAGCACGGCGCGACCUGGCGCCCUCUGCUCUGGGCCGUCACCCACCGCCGCCGAAGAAGUUGACAAAGCCCCAACGCAAGAGGAACUUUGGCGACGGCCACGAGCUCGACCUCUUCGAUGACCUGCCCACAUCGGCCACCAAGGAGAAGCAGUACGAGAAGACUCCACGCAACACCGCAAGCACAAAGACCCUCCGAUCACAGACAAGCACCUCCCGUCUGCCCAUGCCAGACCGAAUGGCUACGCCGCUGCCCCAGACACCCAAGAGCCCGCCAAAGACGGACCUUACGCCACGAUUCGCUCGAGACACUGCCGCUAGUAGGAAUGCCCGUGAACAGCGUCUGGCAGGCACAAGGUCGCGAGGUGAAGGACCCAUUGCGCCUACACCCCGCCCCGUGAGCUGGCAGGCACAGGUUGCCGCUCGGAGCCCGCACACAAGCCCGACUUCUCUUCGCAAGAAGAGCUCGGGUCAGAAGCCACAACUGAUCAGGCAGAUGACACAGCCAUACACACAGACCGAAAAAGGAAUGGUUUACAACCCGUCUAUGCAGCGCUGGGAAGGCAACGAAGAUGUUCUCGUGUCUUUCUCUCAGCCCAACAACUCGACCACGACUCUCGCAAUGACCACAGCAAGCACACCGACUUUUGCGCCACCAGGCAUGUCGCACGGCCGCGCACACGACCGUUCGCAGUCCAUGUCGCACACGCUGCUAUCGUCGAUCCACUGUGCACAAAAGAACCUGUCGUCGCCACGUCUGAUCAAGAUGCCGCCUGCACCCGCGCCUGCGCCAUCACCGCCACGUCCAGCCUUGAUCUCACAGAUUUCAGCUCCACGGGGCGUGCAGUACGAGGGCCGAAUGGUGUUCGAUCCCGUAAAGAUGACUUGGCUCAAAGCCCCACGACACUCGACCAACCCCCAGUCGCCCAUGUCGGUCGGGGAUGCAGACGAAGAAGAAGACCCUUUCGCUGGCCUCGAUGACUUGAAAGACAACGAGAGUGUUGUUGGCGGCAGCCACUUUGCCGGUGGAGCAGGCGGCGCCACCAACGCCGACGAUGCAACCUUUGUUGGCGAAGAAUUCGACGUAGGCCCGAGCUUCAUUCGCAGACAGCGUGAAGAGGAAGCUGUCUGGCGGCGGCGAGUCGAAGGCUGGGUCGGCGGCAUUCGCGACUCCGGUGAACAGCGCGGCGGGUGGAGAUGGGCGAUCCGAGAGUUCGCCGCGAGCGCGUCGGCCGGGGCCCUCGAAAACUGA